GAGGCGCAGCCGGCGCUGAGCGCGGCGGGCGCGGGAGCGGGCGCUGGAGCCGGAGCGGCGGCGGCGUUCCCGGGGCGGCGGCGCGGGCUCCUGCACGGGCGCGGGCUCCGGCAUGGUGCAACCCGGCCUCGUCCCGGGAGAGCGGGGCCCGCGCGCGCGGCGGGCGCCGGGGGAGCGGCGCCGGCGGCGGUGGUGGCUGCAGGCGCGGGCAGGCGGCAGGUGCUAGGAGCGGAGCCGGGCGAGGUGCGUGCCCGCUGGGCUCCGGGGCCGCCGCCCCCUCGCUGCCCGCCUCUGUCCCUCCCCUCGGGCUCCCCGGCGCGCCCGGCCCCCUGUCUCCGCGCCCCGGCCCAUGGCGCCCCGCGGGUGAGCCGGCGCCGCCAGGGACCCCUCCCGCGGGCCUCCCCGGGGCGCGCAGAGCCCGGAGCCGCCCGCCCACCCUGCGCGGAGCCUCCCUCCCUCCCUCGCCCCAGCCGGGCGGGACCAUGGCUACGAAGCUGCGAGCGCAUCAGGUGGACGUGGACCCGGACUUCGCGCCGCAGAGCCGGCCGCGCUCGUGCACCUGGCCCCUGCCGCAGCCCGACUUGGCCGGCGACGAGGACGGAGCGCUGGGCGCGGGGGUGGCCGAGGGCGCCGAGGACUGCGGGCCGGAGCGCCGGACCGCGGCCCCGGCCAUGGCCCCGGCGCCGCCGCUGGGCGCGGAGGUCGGGCCGCUGCGGAAAGCGAAGAGCUCGCGGCGGAACGCGUGGGGGAACCUGUCCUACGCCGACCUCAUCACCAAAGCCAUCGAGAGCGCCCCGGACAAGCGGCUCACGCUCUCCCAGAUCUACGACUGGAUGGUCCGUUACGUGCCCUACUUCAAGGAUAAAGGCGACAGCAACAGCUCGGCCGGCUGGAAGAACUCCAUCCGGCACAACCUGUCGCUGCACACCCGUUUCAUCCGCGUGCAGAAUGAGGGCACCGGCAAGAGCUCCUGGUGGAUGCUGAACCCUGAAGGAGGGAAGACUGGCAAGACCCCGCGGCGCAGGGCCGUGUCCAUGGAUAAUGGGGCCAAGUUCCUGCGCAUCAAGGGCAAGGCCAGCAAGAAAAAACAGCUGCAGGCACCUGAGCGAAGCCCGGACGACAGCCCCCCGGGUGCCCCGGCCCCAGGGCCCGUGCCCGCCGCCGCCAAGUGGGCCACCAGCCCGGCCUCGCACGCCAGCGACGACUACGAGGCGUGGGCUGACUUCCGCGGCGGCGGGAGGCCCCUGCUCGCAGAGGCAGCUGAGUUGGAGGACGACGAGGCCCUGGAGGCCCUGGCGCCCUCCUCGCCGCUCAUGUACCCAAGCCCGGCGAGCGCGCUGUCCCCGGUGCUAGGCGCGCGCUGCCCGGGGGAGCUGCCCCGCCUGGCCGAGCUCGGAGGCCCGCUGGGCCUGCACGGCGGGGGCGCGGGGCUGCCCGAGGCCCUGCUGGACGGCGCGCAGGACGCUUACGGGCCGCGGGCGCGCGCCGGGACGCCCGCCUACUUCGGAGGCUGCAAGGGCGGCGCCUACGGCGGGGGCGGGGGCUUCGGGCCGCCGGCGCUGGGCGCGCUGCGCCGCCUCCCCAUGCAGACCAUCCAGGAGAACAAGCAGGCGAGCUUCGCGCCGGCCGCCGCGCCCUUCCGACCCGGGGCUCUGCCCGCGCUCCUGCCGCCCGCGCCGCCCGCGCAGAGGCCCGGCCCCGUGCUGGGCGCGCCCGGGGAGCUGGCGCUGGCCGGCGCGGCCGCCGCCUACCCAGGCAAGGGGGCGGCCCCCUACGCGCCGCCGGUGCCCUCGCGCAGUGCCUUAGCCCACCCCAUCAGCCUUAUGACGCUGCCCGGCGAGGCGGGCGCCCCCGGCCUGGCGCCGCCGGGCCACGCGGCCGCCUUCGGGGGCCCCCCCGGGGGCCUCCUGCUGGACGCGCUGCCCGGGCCCUACGCGGCCGCCGCCGCCGGGCCCCUGGGCGCCGCGCCCGACCGCUUUCCGGCCGACCUGGACCUUGACAUGUUCAGCGGGAGCCUCGAGUGUGACGUCGAGUCCAUCAUCCUCAACGACUUCAUGGACAGCGACGAAAUGGACUUCAACUUCGACUCGGCCCUGCCUCCGCCCCCGCCCGGCCUGGCCGGGGCCCCACCCCCCAACCAGAGCUGGGUGCCCGGCUGAGGGCCGCCUCGCCUCCGGUGCCCUUGGCGCCCCUGCCCCGCCCAGCCCCAAGGGGCCUCUGUCUUCCCAUCCUGAUUCCCGGGUCCCCACCCCUGAUUCCAGCUGCAUGGGAGGGUCCAGGAGGCAGCCCCCGCCCUGCUAGAGGCCUCCCGCAGAGCAGAAGCUGGCCACUGAGGGGGGGGGGAGGGCCCGGGGACCCCAUCAUUCCUGCCCCGGCUCCUGAGACCCUCUGCUUCCGCGGCCAGGCGGGGAGUCUGGGAGUGGAGGCUGAAAUCCAGGCAGGGUGGGUUGGUGAGGAGCCAGGAGCACCGCGCUGGUGUGGCCGGAGAAGACACCCGCCGGAGAUGGGGGCCGGGGACGUCUCCAAAUCUUUUCAGUUUUUUUUUGCGGGGUCCUCGCCGUGACAAAUCGCCCUCCCCAAACUCCGAUCGGAUUCCCCAGUGACACUUUCCCACUGGCCUUAGCCUCCCGCCAUCCCAAGCCAGGAACCCCCUUCCUAAAACACACUCACACCGACCUGUUGGCUGUUCAGCCAGGAGCUGUCCUUCAGCCCCAAGCACCCCGACUCCACCCCUACGGUUCAGCCCCAACCUCCCAAGCCCCAACUUCUCCGUCCUUUGUCGGAGUCCAUCCUGGUUUCCAGCCCUGCACCACUUCCCUACACAGGUCUCAGCCUCUCCAGAGGGCCUCAGCUCCGGAUCCACCCCCACCCAACACCCCCGACACCCCUUUCUUCGCACCCGUCCUGGCACCUCUCUCACCCGUAUUUAUAAGUGUCCGGUCGGGGCGGGCUGUGGGCGCGGCGUCCCCAGCGCAUAUCGUAGGCAGUGUACCGUGGCUGUGCCGUCAGCGUGUGCGUGUGCGUGUGUGCCGUGUCGAGGCCGUGUAGAGUGCAUUGUACAGCAUAUUUUCAUGAAUAAAAUUGUUUUAAAUAUUUCUCGCGCCUUGGGCUAGCAGGGGGGAAUGUGGGAAGAGGACAGUUGGGCCUGAGCGCCUAUGUGGUGGUGUGUCCAAGUAUGUGUCCACACUCCCUGGUACCUGCCUACUCAACACACAUGGUUAAGCGCCUGCUGAGCUCUGGGUGCUGGAGAUGACCCUGUGUGGGACUCUGCACCUGCUGCUGUGAACGCGUGCAUGCAGGAAGUUUCUGGCCUGGGGAAAUUCUGUCCUGAAUAAGCCUUAGAGAUUGGAGGGAAGGCAGAUACUUACCUAGAACCUGUUACUGUCAGGUCCUGAAUUAGGGAGGAUUUUUGUUCCUAUUGUACAGAUGAGAAAACAAGGUCAGAGGGGGAUAUAGCUUGGGAAGGCAGGGUGGGUGAUGGAAAGGAGGCCUUUGAAGGCGCACAGACUUCUUUUGGAAACUAUUCUCUGACAUUUGUCAGCGAUGUGACCCCAGAGAGGUUUCAACCUCUGUAGCCUUGCUGUCUUGGUCUGGACCAUAGGAUAAUAGAACCCAUCCCAUGGGUUUCUCCAAGAAGUAAAGGAGAAAAUUUAUCUAAAAUGCUCAUCUUGGGUCCUGUACUCAUUCAUUCGUGGGAGAUUUAAUGAGCCCCUGUUCUGUGCCAGGUCUGUAGAGUGUCACAGGCACUCUCUGCCCUCAAGAAACUUAGAAGAUUGAGCAGAGCAUGGAUGAAUAAAUAGGCAAUUAUAGAUGAGAGCUGUAAUGAAUGGGGGAGCCAAGUGGGUGUUGUGGGAAGGAAUGACAUGGCUGCACCCAUCCCAGGAUUGGGAAGUCAGGGGAGGUGCCUGGGAGAGGCGGUGCUGUCUCAGCUGUGUCUUGAAGGAUGAGUUGGCAUUGGGAGUGGA